AUGAAGCCUUCUAAUCCAACCUACGUUACUAAUGGAAGCACUGCCAAACUGGUGUGGGACUACAGUGACCCGAACAAUGAUCUCCGAGGCAUUAUCUUUUAUGUUCUAGUGGAUGGAAAACAAUUGAAAGAAAUGCUGGUUAAGCAGAAUGGUAUAGUCCUAAAUCAUUCAGAGCUACCGUCUGCAUACAAGGGAAGAGUCAAGAUCGAAGGAAAUGCCACCUUGGCCAUUGAGAAAAUAAUUCCGAAAGACAACACUAAGUUUUGUUGUACAUUAGUUAGUAACUUUGGAGGGCGUAUGAGAAACGCUAUUCAGCUUAUUGUGGCAGAGCCACCAAAGAUAAGUCUUCCAUCAGUGCAGGGAAUUUAUCCGGAGGGAUCCUUCGUUAAUGUCAACUGCACAGCAUCCGGAGUUCCAGAACCAGCUAUUACGUGGAUUAGACACGGAACAGUGAUAAGUUCAGGGAAGGGAGCGGCACUAUUGAAGUUCAACAGUCUAAGAAGAACAGAUGAAGGAUGGUAUUUAUGUAUAGCAAACAACACGGCUGAUACCAUAACCAAUCACACGGUACUCCUGGUUUACUACCCUCUAACCAUAGAACACGUGAUCACAUCAUCCAGCUAUUCUAAUAUUGGUCAGACGGUGACUUUGAAGUGUCUUUCAGACGGUGUUCCCACACCAAUACUCACUUGGUACAAACCAAAUGGAAUGGAAAUUCACAGAAUCAGAGCCAGAGAAAACAUAGCACAAGUGACGCUCAGGGAAAAUCAAGAUUUUGGUGAUUACAAGUGCAUUGCUCCCAAUGGACUGAGUCCUUCUGACGACAGAAUACUAAAAGUAGCGCAGAUAAAAAAACCAGGUGCACCAUCCAUUGUAUCAUCAGAAGAAAGUAUUCAAGCCAGUUCACUAACAGUACGAUGGACUGCACCAGCUGAUGAUGGAGGAAGUCCUAUCACAGGAUACAUUGUCAUUAUUCUAAAGGGUGACGCUGAGAUAAAAAGCGUUAAUAUUACCGAUCCUGGUAAAACAAGUUACACUUUUGGUGGCUUGAAGAGAGAUACAAACUAUGCGGUAAAAGUGUUUGCAAGGAAUGUUAUGUUUGAAGGAGAUCCUGUUGUAACCAUGGUGAAGACAAAGUUUGAAGGUCCCCCGGCAGCAGUGGAAAUAUAUGGCCUGCCCAGUGAAACAACAGAUGAAGAAUUCACCUUGAAGUGGAAGGCACCAGAAGAUAAUGGAAGAGAAAUUACACAGUACACUGUGUACCAAAGAUUAGUGACUGACGGGAAAGUAGGAGAGUGGACAGUCGUAAGGAAAAUCAGGGAAGUUUCAAUUAAUAAAUUGACGGUCAAGUUAGAGAGAGGCAAGGUGUAUGAAUUUACAAUCACUGCCACAAAUGAACUUGGGGAAAGUUUGGUCGAAGAGACGAUGGUCAAAAGAGUUAAAGUUGUAGAUCUACAAAACAACAACCAGAGAGCUCAAGAAGAAUGCAAUUGCUCAUGUCAUGACGUCAUGUAUAUAUCCAUAAUUGGAGUGCUUGUGUUAGUAAUCCUUGUGUUGUUCAUUUACAUUAUCUGGUUACGCAAGAAAGGCACUGGAGGAAAACAUAGGGCGUAUGAAGAUGAAGGUGACUAUGAGAAAGAUAUGGAGUUAAAAGACUUGGAAUUAAAUUGUCCUGAUUCAGAUGACUUCGCCCAGCAUCCCGCAGAGUACAUGCAUAUAAAAGAAACAAGCUUGGAUGACACUCAAACUCAAGCCACUGGCCAAGUUGCUGAUUACGCGCCACUUCAUCCAUCAACGCGCUCCUGGGAAGUGUCAAGGGAUCAUGUGACAGUAGAAAAAAUCAUUGGUAAAGGUGCUUUCGGCCAGGUGGCAAAGGGGAAAGCUACAGAUCUUCGUGGAAGGCCUGGGAGAACAACGAUAGCCAUCAAAAUGCUCAAAGAUGACGCUUCAGAAUCGGACACGAAGGACUUGAUAAAUGAACUUGAAACGAUGAAACAGCUUAAACCCCAUCCACAUGUCAUAAAACUUCUGGGAUGUGUUACAGAAAUUGAGCCUCUAUUGGUGUUGAUCGAAUAUGUUCCUUUUGGAGAUUUACUGGGUUACCUGAGAAAGAGCCGUGGAUUAAAUGAUACUUACUUCAAAGACCCGGAUAUAAAACCACGAACGAAUCUGACCUCAGAGCAGCUGAUGAGAUUUGCUUGGCAGAUCGCUGAUGGAAUGAGUUACUUGUCCUCAAAAUCUAUCAUCCACCGAGACCUCGCAGCCCGUAAUGUGUUGGUCGGGGAAAACGAAACAUGUAAAGUAACAGAUUUUGGAAUGGCCAGAGAUGUGCAACAGGAAAAUGUUUAUGAAAAAAAGACGAAGGGUCGUCUUCCAGUAAAGUGGACAGCUUACGAGGCGUUGUUGUAUGGCACAUACACCACCAAAAGUGAUGUGUGGGUCCCCGUAUCCACGGAUGGAUGGCAAGAAAUUUGCGAAACUACUUCAACAGGACUACAGAAUGCCUAAACCCCAACAUGUGGAUGAUGAGUUGUAGCAGGUCAUGAUGCGCUGUUGGCAAAAUGAACCGGUUGUUCGACCAACAUUUACAGAGUUAAGAAACCAGCUUAAGGACAUAGAAACGAAACACAAGAGGCUUAUCAACAUGAAGAUGUACGACAGGCAGCUGUAUGCAAACGUUGUGGACUUAAACGUAUAGUCAGCAAUCUCUCGUAUAUUUUCUCACGCAGUUUUUUGCAGUAAACGUUUAGUUUCUUAAUCAUUGUUGGACUGGAAUACAAACUUGUUUCAAUAAAGCUGAGAUUUAAGAGUCACAGCAAUAGCUCCAUUACGGUAAAUCACAGUGUAAAUAGUACCGGUCUGAUCUAAUUCCUUUCGCAUCUCUUUGAUGAUAAGGAAACCUUUUUGUGACAGCUUUUGAUUUUGUAUGUGUCGUAUUUUUUUCUUUUUGGGAGAAAAAUAAAUGUAAAAGCAGAUCAGAUUAAAAAAA